AUUCGUCCUCUGUCUGGAAUGAACUCAGACUGAAAAGGAGUAGAGGAAGAAGGAGGAGGAGGAGGAGAAGAUGAAAUAAGAAGAAGAAGGAGAAGGAGAGAAGGAGAAGUAGAAGAGUAGUGGAAGGAAAACUGGGACAAAGAGGAAGAGGAGGAGAAGAAGGAGAGGAGGAAGAGAAACAGCAUCAUCAGUCAUAAACACCAGACUGUGAUUGAUAAACGACAGCUGUCACUUCAAAGGAAACCAUCAUGGCGACUUGACGGACAGGAUCAUCAGCCAUGAUGGCGUCCAUCAAGGAAGGAACAGAAGGCCUAAUCUAUCUGCCCUACCUGCUGGGUGUGUUCCUGGUUUUUGCUGAACGGGGCGUCUGUCUGGAGCUGCAGCCCUCAUCUUCUCAAGUCCUGCUCGACACCAACUCCAACUUUACAGUGGUAUGUUCGGGGUGGAGUCAGGUGACCUGGCGGCUCCCUCAGGACUCUCAUGUGGAGGGGGUUCUUGUGGACAGUCAGGGGUCCAGCAGUGUACUGCAGCUCUUUAAUGCCACAUGGAGCAACUCAGGUAGAUACACCUGUGAGGAGGCAUUGUCUGCUCAGAGCAGAGAGAUCAACAUCUUUAUACCUGGACAAGGCCCUGAGGAAUGGUUCGUCCAGCUUGGUCCAGGUGUGGUGAUGAAGGAAGCUGAUGAAGACACCAUCCCCUGCGUGGUGUCUGACCCGCGGCUCAACGUCUCGCUGUUACAUCGUCCUGGCUUGAUACCUGUUGCCGGGGUGACAUACGAGCCGGGCCGCGGCUUCACAGGUCGACUGAAUGACACUUCGUACUUGUGCCAGGCGACCAGCGGGAACGUGACGAGAGAGUCACAGGUGUACCAUGUCUUCACCAUCGUAGUGCCUCAGCAGAUGGAGGUGGAGCUGACAGUGUCAGGGGUGGUGUUGAAAAAGGGGGAGGCGCUCACAGUAAACUGCACCGUCAGAGACACCGAGCUUGUCUACUUCUCCUGGAACUUUCCUCGCAGACAGGAAAUCGAGCCGCUGACAGAAUUUCUGCCCCAUCAGAUCCGGUCUGUUGUGAACAUCUCCUCUGUAACUGUGGAAGAUUCUGGUGUGUAUAUGUGUUCAGUGCAGGAGACGAUGCAGGAACAAACCGUGGAGAAAAACAUCACAGUGACUGUACUGGAACAGGGUUACGUCUACCUGUGGCCCUCAGGUGGUGAGACCAACCUCUCGUCUCUCCUCCAUCACUCAGUGCACUUCAGGGUGGAGAUGGACGCCUACCCUCCCCCAACUGUUCUCUGGACCAGUCACAACCGGACCAUCUCCACAGAGACCACAGCUAUCACCACAACACACCUGAGAGGGAACAGGUAUGUGAGCACACUGAUACUGGUUCGCGUACAGAUGGAUCAGACAGGAAGUUAUACAGCAGCAGUUUCCAAUGAUGACGACUUUCAGGAGGUGACCUUCAACCUGGAAGUCAAAGCGCCCCCUAGGAUCACAUCUCUGUCAGAGUUUGGGAGUAAGGCUGUGCUGUGCAUCAGUGAGGGAGCUCCGCCCCCUUCUGUCACCUGGUACACCUGUCACAGCACACAAAGGUGCAGUAACUCAUCAGGAGGCUGGAAGGGCCUACCAGAGUCAUCAGAGGGCGUGGCUCCGCAGGAGAACACCACACAGGUGGAGGAGAGAGGCAUUACCCAGGUACGAAGCGUGCUGACCCUGCAGAGUUUGGUGGCUGUGUCAGCUGUUCGUUGUGAAGUUAAAAACUCUGCAGGACGACGGGCGCGAGACCUCAGGAUAGUUUCCAACUCUCUUCUUUCUCAGGUUGCGGUGUUGGCAGCCGUUUUGGUUCUGGUUGUCAUAGCAAUCAUCUUCCUCAUCAUUCUCAUUCUCCUCUGGAGAAAGAAACCUCAUUAUGAAGUUCAAUGGAAGGUGAUCGAGUCGGUGAGUCCUGACGGACAGCAGUAUACCUACCUUGACCCCACCCAGCUGCCCUACAACUCCAUGUGGGAAGUACCACGAGACAAUGUAGUACUAGGUCCGGUGUUGGGUUCAGGUGCGUUCGGUCGUGUUGUCCAGGCAACUGUCUCUGGUCUGCUUCACUCCCAUUCUACAACUAAAGUAGCCGUGAAGAUGGUCAAACCCAGCAGUGGUGCAGUGCAGUCUCUGAUGUCAGAGUUGAAGGUGUUAGUUCAUCUCGGGCCUCACCUGAACAUUGUCAACCUGCUUGGAGCCUGCACCAGAGGAGGACCUGUCUAUGUGAUCACUGAGUUCUGUCGCCACGGAGACCUGGUGAACUACCUGCAGAGGAACAAACACACCUUUCUACAGGGUGAUUCACAAACCAAGAGUGACAGUGAUGGAGGUUAUAUGGACAUGAAUAAAGAGGAGAGUGCUCACUAUGUUGCCAUGAAGGAGCUCAGCUACGUUGAGAUUGAACCCGCUGUGUAUGAGACGCCACACACACUGCCAGGUGAUACACCGCCAGACCAGCAGGAAGCAAACAUGCUCCUCUCUGACUCUCCUCUCCUCAGCCUCAACGACCUCCUCAGCUUCUCCUACCAGAUCUCACAGGCAAUGGACUUCCUCUCCUCCAGAAAUUGUGUGCACAGGGACCUGGCGGCGAGGAACGUUCUAGUGUGUGAGGGGAAGCUGCUGAAGGUUUGUGACUUUGGUUUGGCUCGAGAUCUGAAGAAGGAUGGGGACUACAUCGCACGUGGAAACAGCUUCCUGCCUGUGAAGUGGAUGUCACCUGAGAGCAUCUUCCGGAACAUUUACAGCUCACAGAGCGACGUCUGGUCCUAUGGAGUCCUGCUGUGGGAGAUCUACUCUCUGGGUGUUAGUCCGUACCCCGAGCUUCCGAUGUCUCAGGAGUUUUUUUCUGUUCUGAAGAGAGGAUACAGGAUGAGCCAACCUGAACACGCCCCUCAGGACAUGUUUGAUUUGAUGAAACUGUGUUGGGAGGAGAAACCUGAGUGCAGACCUUCCUUUUCCUCGUUGGUGAUCUCCGUGGGCGACGUGUUGACGGAUGACUACAAGAAGCGUUACGUCCAGCUGACUGAUAGCUUCCUGAAAAGUGACAGUCCAGCUGUACUUCGAUCCAGACUGAGUCAAUCCAGACCUGCUCAGAUGGACACACAGGGAAGCCCCGCCCCUCAGGUAGAUGCCCACCUAUUGGAGACGGAGAUAGAGGAGGCAGGCCCCUCCCAUGGAACCUACAUCAUACCCGUCACAGAUAUCACCAUAGAAACCAACGAGGGCGCUGUGCUGGACACAGACAGCCCUCAGAUGUCACAGUCCAAGGAUGCGACUGGAGCACAAGACAUGACAUCAUCAGAGGACAAAGAGGAAGUUCAGGAGUGUCCUGCCUCCUCCUGCAGACCCAAUGAAGAGGAGGAGAGCUGUCUGUAAAGGCUCUGCUUCCUUAAAGUCAGAGCGGACGGUUAAUUUAACGCACAGUCUUCCUGCCAGGCAGAGCGAAGGGUUAAUUUAACCAACUGUCCUCCUGUCAGGCAUAGCAGAUGGUAAAAUUAACCCACAGUCGUCCAGUUAGGCAGAACAGAGGGCCGUAUUACCCAGAACUUUGGCUGUCAGGCUGCUGCAGGACAGAGUUGAACAUGUUUACAUUGAUCAGAAUUAAAGGGACAGAGUCGUGUUUAUGGAA